AUGGCGACGGCGAGCUUCGAAAAUGUUGCGCAAACACGUCCACUCCUCUCAGAAGAGGAGCAAGAUGCAUACGCCGAAGAAGAGAAAAGCAAAGUCUCCGACUAUAUACCUGUGUACCGGCGUUUAUGGUUUGUAGUCGCCCUUUGCUGCAUCGCAGUUGUUGGUGCCGUUGUAGUUACUGCUGGAACAAUAAUAUACGUGCGACCGUCGACUGUACAUAAAUCCGCAUCCUCAUCCCAAAGCUGCCAAAAUCCCUCAGUGCGUCGUGAAUGGCGUACACUGAGUACGGACGAGAAAUUGGCGUACCUCGAUGCCGUCGUGUGCCUCACCAAGACGCCGUCCGUCAUAGGCCGCAACCAGACGGUGUUUGAAGACUUCCCGUGGACACAUAACAAUGAAGGGAUGAGUGCUCAUUACGCCGCACCCUUUCUCGCCUGGCACCGCUACUUUCUCCACGUCUACGAAGCAAAGCUCCGUGAUGUUUGUCACUAUUCGGGCUCCCUUGUCUUUUUCGACUGGCAACUUAACGUCCAUGACCUACCCGCCGCCCCAAUCUGGGACCCGAUCACUGGUUUUGGCGGCGACGGCAAUGCCACCGGGGUCCGAACGGUUAAUACUGCCAGCUGCGUGACCGACGGACCUUUUGCAAACCUCCAGGUACAAUACUAUGCUGACGAGGCAAAGCCGCAUUGCCUCUCCCGUGGCUUCCAGGCACCUGAUGACAUGGAGAAGUACUACAGCGCUCGUAUAUCCGAGGAUGCAAUUGCAAUUAUAAUGGCACUGCCGCAAUACAAUGCUUUCAAUCUCGGCAUGGAGAACGGGCCGCACCUAGCGAUGCCACACGGAGUCCUGGGAGACUUUUUCUCAGAUACAGCGCCGAAUGAUCCUGUGUUUUUCCUGCACCAUGCGCAGUUGGAUCGGCUAUGGUGGAAAUGGCAACAUGCGAAGCCGGGGCGGCGACGUGAGUAUAACGGGGCGAGCUCUAUGCAUAGUAAGGAGGCGGCUUCGUUGCAGGAUCAGCUAGAAAUGGGGACACUGGCACCAAAGAUUGCGGUCGAAGAGAUCAUAGACACGCAGUCGGGGAUUUUAUGUUAUGAGUAUGCAUAUUGA